UGGCUGGGUUUUCCCCAGUCACGCCAGCAGUUCCACUUUGACUAUUUGGACAAUAAAGGGCGUCUUGGAAAUCGCCUCAUUUUUUUUUCUAUGAGUUCCUUAUUAGCUAUUCUGCUCGUAGUCAAUUCAGCUCGUGGUCAUCACUAUGUCUUUAGUUACCCUCCCGAUCCAAAACGGCCAUUGGGUCUUCGCGUAGACUCGUCCUCCGCAGGUUACACCGUCGCCAACUCCAUCACCAAAGCAAGUCUGCACAGCCAGCCUUUACGACCUACGAAUCAAGCGGAUCGGUACAACUCGCACGGCAAUGGCUCGGCAGACAACUCGCGCCGUGCAUCCGUCACCACUUCCCCUUCCAAAUCCCAACACGAUAAAUUUGCAGGUCGCGAUCGUAUCUUCAAUAUCGAAGUGUCGUUUCUUGCCGACGCAUUGGCUCCCAAACUGCCAUUGUGCGAUCGCAAAUUUCAGCUAAGCAUGGAUGACUUGACCUUUGUGGGUCAUCCUGUCAGCUUAACCGCUAACGAUAAACAAGACACCGUGGAAGAAGUCGAAGACCAUGCUGGCGUGGCACCGUCGUUAUCCUCCCCUCAUCGUUCACCGCCACCGUCACCUCACGACAGUCAAUCGCGUCGUCGCGGUGGCCACCAUUACCAUAACAGCGCACGCUCCUCAGAGACCGAGGAAAGAAACGCCGAUCUGGUCGCUGCCUCGACACACAUGACCUUGUUCCACGUCGUCUAUGUACUGUCUCCUCACGAUUUGGAACUGAACAAUCAAGUCGACUCGCUUUACACGCACGUUAUUCUAAAAUACGCCGCGAGUCUGCGGUACGAACAGUUGCGCUGCGGAUACGUGCAAGAGGAGAUUGAGAAGAUGCUGGCCUUGAAAGAAGAAGCUUUCAAUAAUGGCACACCUUACGACGAGGUCAUGGAAGUAAUCCUGCGAGAAUCUUCAUUGGCCCGCGACAUUAAACAGAUUUAUUGUGCGAUUUCUACCAACACGGCCGCGCAUGUGAUUAUCAAUGACUUUAUCGAUUUAUCACUGCAGAUCCCUGUGCUGGGACCGGAUGCGUCGACAAACAAUAAUACCUCGUUUUCUCUCAGCCGGGAUGUGCACCAGGGUUCAUUGAUGGAUAUUUACGGUAUGGGUGGCUACGAAUAUGAAAGUUACCCUAUGCUGUGCCCGUAUCAUACCUUAUUGCUCUUGGAAGACCCCGAAGAAGUCUUGAAGAACAUGCCCUUGGAUGCCAGUCCAACCUUGGUGCAACUGGUCCAAAUCCUCACCCCUACUCAGAGUUUGCAGGAAUUGCAUCUAUUGCUGGAUUGUUCUUUAGCCCAGAUUUAUCGGUUAGCGGCCCAUUUGAUUUAUUGGCGUAAAGCCAAGUUGAUUCACACUAUUCAUCAACGCAAUAUUUAUGUCGUGUCACCGCAAGCGAGUCUCAACGACAUUUCAGUACUUGAUGCCGAUUUUAAAAUGCAUAUACCCAACCUCGAUUUACCCACGCUUCUCUCCCAACUAUCCAUUGCUAAACCACUUCACAUGAUCACGCCUUCCAAAGAAUUGCGAAAUCAAUACCUGGAAGCCAUCACCUACCUGGUUCGAAAGGACCUGGUCGUUCAACUGCACAUGUUCCUCGUCUUGAUGCUCCCUUCACCCGAUCCCGAAAAAUCCACUUCCACCGAGCAAAUCCCCACUUCCACUUCCGAAAACACCAUGGCUUCCAGUCCCGCCACGAGCACCGACGAGAUUAGCUGGUAUCGUCUCAAGCGUCUAGCGCAUGAAAAGGCACCCAAAGAAAUUGCCGAACUUUUCGAAAGGUUGAUUCCGUACAUGGAUGGAAAACAUCAUAUUGACGAGAUCAUGUAUCGAGAAGCCAUAUCCCGAAAACAACUGAAAUUUGUCCUUAAAUACUAUCGAGAUAUCGUCUUUAGUGUUUAUCAUUACUGUUAACCAAUUAAUAUACCUUGCAAGAUCCGCACAUAAUAAC